AUCACCGAGAGCGAAAUGUUUCAUUUUCAAACUCCACAGAAGGAACACCUACUCGCAAAUCGCCGCUCGAGUCCUCCCUCCGAUUACACUAAGAAGUCUCACAAGAUCCGUAACAAAUACUUGAAUUCUGUGAUUACUUCGACUUCAGAAGAUGUAUCGUCAGAAUCACCAAAGGAGUCGAAUGAAUUCUCUUCGAGCUUGGAGAUUUCUGACGACAAUCAAUUCAGCGAAUCUGCAGAAGUAAUUCGACUCUAUUAUUCUACUUGUUUUGCAGUGUUUUUAUUGCUUCUGAAAGCACAAUCCGAGCAAUUUCUGCAAUAAUUUUUCAUUCCUGCAUUUGAGAGCAAAAUGAGAACAAUAUUUUAUUGAGAACUUCAACCUAUUGUCGAUGUUAACACUGUUCGACUAUGCAGUGUUUUUUAUUCGAUGUUGCUACUGUUUUUGUUUUGGAGAUAAAUUUUUUGAAUAGUUUACGUUUCAACUUUCAAACAUCAAUAGCAAUUAGAUGUUGUACUUUUGCUUUGAUUAAAUAGUACUGCUUGGUUGCAACCAUGAAAGCUGUCUUUGAUAGCAAAACAAUAGAAUAUUUCAUUUUUCUACUUCACAUUUAAAUUCAGUUCAUUUAUUGUCAUUUAGUAUUUUGGUAGUACUUUUUCUUCUUUACAAACAAAAUGUCAUUGUUGCCUAUUUUACUUGACAUCUUAUGGCUGCCUAUUUUUAAUCAGUUAGUACUUGUACUAUUCGGUUAGCAUUUGUAGCAUUUUUCUGGUUUAUGAUGCUGCAUUUUGAUUUUAUUUCUCUUGUGGAGCUCGAUGACACCACUGAAUCCAGUGCUUCACCUUUAUUAGGGACUGGUGCUCUGUCUGAUCUUUCUCCAUUGUCAUCCAUGGUAACUAAUGACAAAGACAAAGCAGACAAUAUCUCAGUUUUGGUCAACCGAAAGAGUAAUGCUAUUGAAACUUAAAAAAAAACAUAAUUUAUUGACAUACGAUGUGUCAAGUAAUGAAUUUCCAAUGAAAAAGUUCAAGAGUUCCAGUCACAACAACACUGUUGGGUCACAUCAUUAGAUCAACAAAUUAUAUCAAUUUUUUAGGUCCUAAUAGUAUUACUCCAGCCGAAAUGGAUUUGGCAAAUCGAUACUGUCCUCAAGUGCCUAUUACAACUUCGACACUACUCCUAGAGAUGUUAAUAUUAUUCUCUCGGCCAAUAGCUCUUAUUAGACUCCAAAAUAUCAAUGCUGUUUGAGGGACAAUACCUUUUAAGUGCUUCUAUUUAUCCGUCUUGCUAGUGGCUCUCUUCUUUCCUAGUAGCUUCACUUCAUUCCUGCACUAUUAGUUUAGUAAGGCCUAAGAACUUCUUCCUUGAGCCCGUCCAGAUUAUAAUAUAUUCUAUCUGAUAGCUAACCUGAUGAGCUGUUGUUGAUAAAGAAUAAAUAUUGUAAUUAAUAUGAGGUUGCAAAUCAGAUAUUUCCUCCCCCGGCCUUUUUCACCGAGUUGUAAGUAGCGAGGAGGUUAUUGCGUGUUCUGAAGAUGGAGAUAAUGAUGAAACUAUUCAAAGAAACACAAACUCAGGUCUUGAAUUCAAAUGAUGUGAAUCACCGAUCUAAUAGGCUUUUAAAUGUGUUAAUUGAGCUUUUGAUUGAGGAAUUCUAUAGUUUGCUUGAAGAGAGAGACUUGUUCACUGAACUAGCUUUGAAGAAAGAAAGUGUUGUGUUUCUUAGUUUCGUGCUAUAGCUUUUAGCUUUAUGGGUGGCUUUCCUUGGUUCAAGUGACUGAAGCUUUUUCUAUGGGGCACCACCGACGAAAAAGUCUGAGUUGAUUCGCACUA